AUGAAGGCUGCUCAAGACCGUCAGAAGUCGUAUGCGGAUUUAGGUCGAAAGCAAGCAGAAUUCCAAGUCGGAGAAAAGGUUCUUUUGAGAGUAUCGCUGACUAAGGGAGUCAUGCGGUUUGGCAAGAAGGGUAAGCUAAGUCCAAGGUUUAUUGGCCCUUACGUGAUUUUGGAUAAAAUUGGACAAGUAGCUUACCGAUUGGCUUUGCCUGUGGAGCUAGACAAGGUGCAUGAUGUCUUCCACAUUUCUCAGUUGAAAAAGUAUGUUCACGAUGCCUCGCACAUGAUUAACCCAGAGAAUGAUAAGAAAUCUGUUAAUGAAAAGAUGGUAGAGUUGGAUGAAACUCUUUCGUACGAAGAGACCCCGGUGAAAAUAUUGGACUUUAAGACCCGGGAUACCCGGAGGAAAUCAAUAAGGCUGGUAAAGGUGUUGUGGUCCAACCACUUAGCCGAGGAGGCUACGUGGGAAGUGGAAGAAGAUAUGAGGAGUCUGGACCCGGCUUUGUUUGAUUCAGUUUAA